AAGAGUUUGACGGGCUCCCAAGCAGCGCAAUUCAUCUAACCCUUCGACUGGAGAGAAUUGGCUGCUUCGUUCCAACAGAUAUAGGGGGACGAAAAAUAUCUUGAUCCUAUAAUGGCAGAAAAGAAAAGGGUAAGGUGGGCUCAGUGUUCGGACAUCUUACCGGAGGAUCGGUUGAGCCUCUUGCCAGAUGACAUCCUUAUUGACAAUAUCCUGUCGCUCUUACCAACGGAAGAAGCAGCGAGAACUAGCAUCCUGGCACGUAGAUGGAGGUUUCUCUGGUUGGGCUCACCGAGCUUGGAUUUGGACGCCUCGAGAAAGGUUGCAUUGAAUCGUCCUAUCGGGAAAGGAAAACUAGUGGGCGGCAGAGUGGCAUUCGAGUAUGUCAAGUGGGUAGACCGAGUCAUCGGCGGUUACUGGGGUUCGGCCGCUCUAAGUCGCUUCCGUGUUCGCUUCCAGUUGGAUGAUACCUUCUCGCACAAAAUCGACUCCUGGCUUAACUUCGCCCUAGGGAAGGGAGUGCAGGUGCUUGAGCUUGACUGCCAUCAGAAUUACGGAUGCAACGUUACUCCCUACACAUUCCCCUCGAUUCAGCCCCAUCUUCUUCUUAAUCUUAGACUACUAAAAUCCCUCUCCCUUAAAGAUGUAUUCAUAAGUACCGAUUGUCUGGAGCAUCUCUUGUUGGAGAGUGAGUUCCUGGAGAGACUACAGUUGAGCUGUAGUUUCCCAGACUCGAAGGUCAAUGUCACAGGUCCCAUGUCGAGAUUGAAAUACAUUGAUAUAUCGGAGUGCACUUUUGUGAGCUCGAUCAUGAUAUCAGCCCCUACUCCUGACCUUGUUUCAUUCAAAUGCCCGGGUGGCCUAAAGAUGUUGCACGUCGAGCAUGCACCACGGCUUGUUGAUCUGCUCAUCGAUGGAUUUCAUGACGAUUUCGAUCUUCUUUCCCACCCACUGUUUCGCUACAUUUCCCAGCUCCAGUCCCUUCGACUGGACACAUUCUAUUGGCACAUGGUACCACAUUGGUUGCCUCAUCUUCCUGACCUAAGCGGUCUGAAGCACCUGUCCUUGACAUUAGGAGGAUUUAAUGAUAUGCACACUCUCCACGGAGUGACUUCUCUGAUAAAGGCCGCCCCGUGCUUGCAACAUCUUACGCUGGAUGUGGAUCACCUCGAUGAAUGGCUAAUCACAAGCAAGGAGUCAGCUAACUUGCAUCAUCAAUUUCUACGGGUGAUAGAAUUUGUACGAUUUACUGGGCGCAAAGUGGAGUAUAGCCUUGCAGCAUACUUGAUCAAGGGUGUUGUAUCACUUCAAAAGCUUAUCGUCGAUUGUCGGAACCCAUCAUUCAUUGAAGGAUGCAAUUUUAGUCGUGGUAUAAAUAGAGCAAUAAGAGGGAGGAGAAAACGUGCCUUUGAGCUCAACCGAACGCUACCAUCCGAGCUCAAGCAAAUGCUACCAUCCGAGGUGGAGCUGGCGGUAAUCCAAUUUCAAGAUAGAUAUUGAUAUUAAUAUUGAUAUAUAGCCGUGUACUGAACAGCCCUGUUAAAUACAGGUUACAUAUUCCAUUACUUGGAUUGUUAAUCCUUUACAGUUAACACAAAAUUUACUGCUCAGCUAGGAUAUGAGGUAGGAGGUAAAAUGCACAAUCAAUGACUUUAUUGAUGAAAUUUAUGAUCUUUCA